ACCCAGCCGCUCUGUGUCUCUGGCCCAGCCACCAUCUCCCUGAGCCUCUCGGUCUCCUCUCGUCUCUGCAGCAGCAGCAGCGUGUGUGUGCAGCACGAGCGUGUGUGUGUGCAGCAGUGUGUGUGUGCAGCAGCAGUGUGUGUGUGUGCAGCAGUGUGUGUGCAGCAGAAGUGUUUGUGUGUGUGUGCAGCAGCAGUGUGUGUGUGUGCAGCAGGAGCGGCAGUGAAGCAGGAGGAGGGUGAGGGCCGUCUGGGCUCCGAGAUCGUGAGGACGCUGGUGAAGAGCGAAGUGGUGGACGGUGAUGAUGCGCCAGACCUGAAGAUCGUCAAGGUCGAGAGAGCCGGCGAGAGGACGGAGGGGAGCCGGGAUUCACACGGCUGGCGCCCGGCCGCUCUGCACCGCAACUUCAUUGAGGUGGAGUUGUCGGAGGGGGACGAUGGCGAAGACGAGAACUUCAUCGAGGUGGAGUUGUCAGCGGAGGAGGACGACGUUGGUGAAGGCGCAGCGAGGGGAUCAGGUCUCCCGUGCGACGAGUGCGGGAAGGGCCACGGCGAGGGCAUCCGGACGACCGUGGCGGCGGCGGUGGCCGGGGUCGGAGGCAAACGCGGAGGCCGGACCUCGCGAGCCUGCGCACGGUGCGGAGAGAAGCCGCCGGGAGGCGUCGCGUCGCGCGGCGGCGGCGGCGAUGCCGGCGGCGGCGGCGGCGGGCGGUUGCGGAAAAAUCGGGCGGCGUUCGGCGGAGAGAAACGUUGCCUGCGGUCGACGCACGGAGUGAAGGCGUCUCCCACGCCGGCCAGCGGCGCCGACGGCGGCAAGCCGCACGCGUGCGACGAGUGCGGGAAGGGGUUCACGCACCGCUACCGACUGCGGAGGCACGUCAAGACGCACGCGGGCGAGCGGCCGCACGUGUGCGCCGAGUGCGGCAAGGCGUUCGCGCUGCGCGGCAACCUGGAAGCUCACGCCCGGAAGCACACGGGGGAGAGGCCGCACGCGUGCGCCGAGUGCGGUAAGACGUUCUCGCACCGCUACCGACUGCGGAGGCACGUGAAGACGCACGCGGGCGAGCGGCCGCACGUGUGCGCCGAGUGCGGCAAGGCGUUCACGCUGCGCGGCAACCUGGAAGUUCACGCCCGGAAGCACACGGGCGAGAGGCCGCACGCGUGCGGCGAGUGCGGGAAGACGUUCGCGACGCGCUACAACCUGGAGACGCACGCGCGGACCCACACGGGCGAGUGGCCGCAUGCGUGCACCGAGUGCGGCAAGGGUUUCGCGACGCGCUCCAACCUGGAGGCGCACGCGCGCGUCCACACGGGCGAGAGGCCGCACGCCUGCGGCGAGUGCGGCAAGCGCUUCUCGCUGCGCGUCAACCUGGAGACGCACGCGCGCACCCACACGGGCGAGAGGCCGCACGCUUGCCCCGACUGCGGCCGGGGUUUCACGCGCCGCUCCAACCUGGAGAGGCACGCGCGGACCCACACGGGCGAGUGGCCGCGCGCGUGCCCCGACUGCGGCAAGGGGUUCGUGCUGCGCGCGGGCCUCGAGGCGCACCGCCGGACGCACGCCCCCGAGAGGCUGCACACCUGCGCCGAGUGCGGGGAGGCGUUCGCGCGGCGCUCCGGCCUCGAGACGCACGCGCGCGUCCACGCGGGCGAGAGGCUGCACGCGUGCGCCGACUGCGGGAGGGGCUUCGCGCGCCACUCGCACCUCAAGGAGCACUCGAAGACGCACAGCGGCGAGCGGCCGCACGCCUGCGGCGAGUGCGGGCGCGCCUUCUCGCAGCGCUCGAACCUGGAGACGCACGCGAGGACGCACACGGGCGAGAGGCCUCACGUGUGCGAGGAGUGCGGCCGGGGAUUCUCGCGGAGGAACGCGUUGAAGAGGCACUACAAGACGCAUGCCGCCGAGCGGACGCCCUGAGCCGCCCUCCUCGCGGACACCGACGGUGGAACGCCCUUUCCGGAUUUUGCCCUGCCGUGCAUCGCCUUCGCGCCCCCUUAUACACACAAAGACAAAGAUCCCCCCCAUGUGGCCUUCAACAGACUGUUGGGGCCGUUCGCGAGCACGUAAUGAAGGCCGGCACUGUGGCAC